ACUGCACUCCAGCCUGGGCGACAGAGCAAGACUCCAUCUCAAAAAAAAAAAAAAAAGGGGGAUAGUGGUGUCUACCUCACACGGUGAUUGUGAUUAUGAAGUUCAGACAUGUAGUGCUAAAACGGUACCUGGCUUGCAAGAGUGCUGUAUGAAUGUGACGCAUGGCAACCAUCUCAGGUUGUGAGGGUCACAAAGAUAGCUUGUCUCAGCAAAGGACAAGUGCUCAGGUGUUUCUUUUUAACUUUUUAAAAAUUGAGCUAAAAGCCACCAUUUAACCAUUUUAAAGUGUACAAUUCAGUGGUUUUAGUACAUUUACAAUGUACAGCCAUCAUCACUAAUUCCAGAAGUUUCCAUUUCUUUUUUCCAUUCCAAAAAGAAGUUCCCCACCUGUUAGCGGUCACUUCCAAUUCCUCACCCCAUCCCCUAUCUGCCAUUAAUCUACUUUCCGUGUCUGUGGGUUUGUCUAUGCUGAACAUUUCACAUAAAAUGGAAUCAUACAGCACGUGGUCUUUUGUGUUUCGCUUCCUGCUUAGCAUACUGUUUUGAAGGUUCAUCCAUACUGUAGCAUGUACUUCAUUCCUUCUUAUGGCCAUCCAAUGGAUAUACCUCAUUUUGUUUAUCAGUUGAUGCACGUUUCAAGGGUUUAUUAUUCUCUGGUCCUCAGGUUCUGUAACUCCAAACCAUGGCACCCUGCCAUAAGGGGGGCAGAACAUACCAAACACCUUUAUCUGGCCACAGCUCACUUUGGUUCUUUCUAACCCUCUGGAGGAGGCAGGGCCUAUUUUUCUGAUGAGAAAACUAAGGCCUAGAGAUAUGGAGACCUGCUGAAGAUCCCACACUUCACGGGAAAACCGGAGACUUUCUACACUAGAUUCCGGGGCACCGCGCCGAACAAAGAAAUCCCGCCUUUCACCAACCCCAGAACUGGGCAGGGCGUGGAUUUGGACGAAAAGGAGGUGGGGUCAGCAGGCACUCGGCCGAGCGGGCUCGCUCCUGGCACGUGGCAGUGCUCAGCCAAUUGGCGCGGGGCGUCGGUAGCCACGGUAACAGGUUGCUCCGGCUGUCCCAGCUGAGCGCCUUUCGCACGACUUGGAGUUACUGUUUAUCUGAUACCCCGGCACCCGUACGCAAGCAAGCCCACAUCUACACACAUUCAUACACGCCCUUCAGCACCCCCUCCCAGCACCACGACCAUGGACGACGACUAUGAAGCGUACCACAGUCUGUUCUUGUCGCUGCUGGGACUCUGCCCAUCUAAGACUUCCAUAGAUGAAAAUGCCGCCGUCUUUGAUCCUGAACUGGUCAUUGCCCACUGCUUCAAGCAGUUCAAGCAGAAGGACUUCCGCCUGCCUCAGACCCGCCGGCGAAUCAUCAUGGUGCCUCGCAAGGAAGAUCAGACACCCAUUAAUCCUGCAUCCCAACCUCAGGCUCCCCCAAAGCCCAUCCCCAGCUUCAAAGUUCUGGAAGCUAAAGAUAUCCAAGAGCAGCCAGAAGACAGGAAGACCUGGCUGAGCCGGAGGGCGAAGCUGCGGCAGGAGCUGGAGUCCUUUGGUGAUGUAAAGAGGUGGCUGGAGAACAAGCCCAGCAUCACGCCUUCAGAGGCCAAGGUCUUACACAUGAUCCACGAGGAGCAGAGUGCCCAGACAAAUGCCUCCCAGGCAACUACCAGGACCACCAGGAAAAAAGGCCCCCGGCUCUCCCGCCAGAUGGUGCCCCAGCUCCAGCUGCCCAAGCCCCCUGCCCUGUCAGUCAUGUACUCCUACCUGCAUAGCCACAAGAUCAAGAUCCUGGAGAUAUUUCACAAGGUGGGCCAGGGUGAGAACCAGAGAAUCACCAGGGAGGAGUUCAUCACGGCUGUAAAGGCAGUCGGAGUCCCUCUGAAGAACCAGGAGGUGGAGGAUAUAGUGAUCUACCUCAGCUCUCUUGGGAAGCACAACACCAUCACCAUGGACAUCCUGGCCAAUACCUACAAGCAGUGGUCUAUGGCUCAGCAAAGGAGCAGCCUGGCCACUGCAAGGAAGCGUUAUAUCUUGGUUAAGCACAGAGAUUUCCUGAAGGGUCCGCUCAAGAAGCAGGAGGUGGAUUCAGCCCCACAGCUUCCCAAAGUGGACCUGCUGACGGUGCCUGCAGUCGACACACAGAUGGAGGCGUGGCCCAUGACCCUGGAGGAGAUGGAGGAAGUAGGCAAGCGGUACCGCGAGCGGCAGCGACAGCACAAGCUCAUGAUCCCCUCCAUCCAGUACACGGAGCAGUGCCGCCUGGUGCGCUGUGGGAAUCGGCACUUUGAUGAGCACUGCCUCCCGUCCACCAUCCACGGGGAUAUGAGGGAGCUCAUUGACUCGACCCGCAGGCACAACUUUCUUGUCUACCUGCAAUGCUGGAAGCUCUGUGAGUCCUAUGGCCUCCCGCUGACGGAGGACAUCCUCAUGAAAGCCUUGCUGUACCCAGGAGACAAGAUCAUUUUCCAGAUGGACAAAGUGCGCCCCAUCCGGCAGCCAGGAGGCUACUACUCUGACUGGAAGGUCUUUUCUCCGAAUCUGGCUCUGCUCCGGUCCCAGGGCCCCAGCAAGUCUAAGAGGAAUGACAAGAAACCGCCAAAGAAAAGCAAGAAAGUGCACUUUAAGGAGUUUGAGGAAUUUACCAGGAAGCUGAAGGUGAGGAGGUCCAGCAGUCUGCAGCAAACCCACCCCAAUUCCUUCUGGCCGGGUCACCUUCUGGAUAAGCUGCAGCUCUACUUGCCCACUGUGGCCACAGACCGGAGCCUGGCGCUCUUCAGUUGUGUUCAACACCAGCCCCAUGUCUACCCAGCCACCUACCACCCUGACCACUGGUGGCCCCUUAGGAACAAGAACUACAUGACCCGCGCCUAUUAUGAUGCCGCCAAGGUGUACUACAUCAACUAGAGCGCGCCAGGUGUUGCCGGGCCCAGCCUUCCUGGGCCAGGAGCCGGUGCAGCCAGCGGCCCAGAGUCCAGACACAAGAGGAGUGUCAAAGAGUCAGACUAAAGAAAUCCUUUCAAAGAGGGAUGGCCGGGGCCCAGUUCCCUCUAGACUCCAAGUGUCCAGUGUCUCAGAGGGUAGAUGUGUCUAAGAAAGGACAUACAGUUUUUGACUAUUUCCCUCCCCUGACCUCUGCCCUUUCUAAAUAAAGCAGGUUGGAGUUUUUCUCACGUCA